AUGUCAAACUAUCCAGCACCAGGACAAUAUAAUUAUCCGUCACAGGAAACACCUAAUUUGGCGAAACAACAACAACAACAACAACAGCCAGGAGGAUAUGGUGCACCGGGACAAUAUAACUAUCCUCCACAGCAACCACAGAAUACAGGAUACCCUCCACAACAAGGAUAUGGAGGUUACCCACCACAACAACAACAAUAUCCACCACAACAACAAUAUCCACCACAACAACAAUAUAAUCCUUCACAACUCCCACCACAGCAAUAUGGAUCGCCCUACAGUAGCUCGACAACAUCAUACUCCACUGCCACCUCUAUUAGCACUGCUGCACCACCUGUUGCCUAUCCCGGUUACACAAGCAGUGCAUACAGUGCAUACCAACAGCCAUACAACACAUACGGUGCCGUCUCUGCUCCAUACCCAUCGUACGGAUUGUCGGCACCGAUGAGUGUCGCCGCGCCAAUGCCAGUUGUCACACCGUCGAUCGGUGUCGGUGUUGGUGUCGGUGUCGUUGCACCUGUAAUGGGUGUAGCGGACGUUCCAUACCUCUUGCAUCUCCGUGGUUGUCGAUUGGAUCGUAAAGACGUAUUCUCAAAGAGUGACCCAUUCCUUACCAUCUCCAUUCCCAGAAACCAAUAUGCAAACAAAGGACAUCAAGGUUAUGUAGAUGAACGUGGUGGUGGUUCAUCGAGCGAUUGGAUCGUCAUUCACAGAACAGAGACUCAUCACGACAAUCAGAAUCCAACGUUUGCACCAAUCACAUUGUCACUCUACCAAUUGUGUGGAGGUAACUUGGAGAGACCAAUCAAAAUUGAAUGUUGGGAUUGGGAUUCCAACGGUAAUCAUGAUUUCAUUGGUUCAGGUGUUUCAACAUUACGUGAGUUGGCAAUUAUGAAAGAGUUAAGAUUAGUCAACAAAAAGAGAAUCGGUUUCUCAAAUACCGCUGGUUCAAUUGAAAUCAUGAGAUGUGGACCUGUUUAG